AUGCGUUCGGUGGCUCUAUUCUCCCUUCUGACCCUUCUCGCAUACUCUGCUUCUUCCGUGACGGCAGAACAAAAACCUAUCACUCCAUCUUCCAUCCGUGGUCUGAAUCCAGCUCUGUAUGAUAAGUAUGAGCCCAAUACUGCAGGAACAUUCCAAUGUCUAGAUGGAUCUAGAAUCAUCAAAUAUUCAGCGAUAAAUGAUGACUAUUGUGAUUGUCCCGACGGAUCAGACGAACCUGGUACUUCGGCUUGUAGUAAUGGUGUCUUUUGGUGUAAGAACGAGGGCCAUAUUCCUGGACAGGUAUUGAGUAGUAGAGUGAACGAUGGGAUCUGCGACCCAGAAUGCUGUGAUGGCUCGGACGAAUGGGCUACAGGGGCCUGUGCCAACAAAUGUGCUGAGAUAGGUAAGAAAUUUAGAGAAGAAGAAGAAGCGAUACGUAAAACAAGAAAAACUGGAGCCAAGAUCAGAGGUUCCUAUAUCAAAUGGGCACAAGGGGAGAAGAAAAGGCUCGAGACGGAAGUGGAAACUAUGAAGAAGGAACUGAGAGAGAAGGAACAAGAAGUUGAACGAGCUAGAGUCGCUUUGGAGAAGACAGAAAGCAAGAGUAAAGAAGAAUUAGAGAAAAAGAAAACAUCUCCAUUAUAUCAAUCCCUCCUUACCCAUCGAUCGACUUUGACCAGGCUCCGAAGUAAAACCCAGAGAUUACAAAAUGAAUUAGACACCCUACAUUCUAUCUUAGAAGAACUGUCUAAAGGGUAUAAUCCUAAUUAUCAAGAUAUGGCUGUUAAAGCUGCUGUAGUAGGGUACGAAGAAUUAACGGGCAAAGCUGCUGCUCCGUCGGAAGAGGAGAAACCACAGGUCGAAGAGAACAAAGAAGACGAGGAAGAAAUAAAAGACUGGGAGUUGGAUGAGUUAGAGAGAAAAGAUUUGGAAAGUCUCCUUUGGCAGAGUGGGCUCGAGGAUGAAGCAGAUGACGAUGAUGAGGAAGAGGGUGGAUUGUUAUGGAAGAUUGAUGAAUACAUACCUGAUUCAUUGUAUGAUUCUUGGGAGUCUGUAAGGGACACGGCAAUCGAAUGGAUGAUCAGAUUGGGUUUGAUAGGGAAGAAGAAAGCUUCGAAGACUAGUGUAGCCGAAGGUCCUCAUGUAGCUGCGGCGCGCGAUAAACACCGUGGAUUAUCGAAUGAACUAAACAAGCUGAAGAAUGCAGUCACGAACACCGAAGAUACCCUAGAGAAGAUGGAUAAGGAGUAUGGACCACAAGCAGAGUGGAAGAAAUUGGAUGGCGUUUGCGUUGAUAAGGUCUCUGGAGACUACACAUACGAGUUGUGUUUCUUCGGUAAGGCUACUCAGAAAAGUAAUAAAGAUGGUGCUACGAAUCAUAUGGGUACCUUCUCAGAAUGGAAAACAGCUGCUGAGCAAGGUAGCUUCGAGUACUAUACCAAACAACUCUACAAGAACGGCGCCCGAUGUUGGAAUGGCCCUCUCCGAUCCGUUUCCGUCGACUUAUCAUGCGGUACUCAGAACGCUUUACUAUCGAUCUCUGAGCCUGAGAAAUGUGAAUACAGAUAUAAAGUGACCACACCGGCUUUGUGCUGGCCCGAUGAGCAAGAUGCUGGCGGGAGUGUGAAGAGUGAGGAAGAAGAAAAGAUCAAAGAGGAAUUGUGA